CAUAAAAUAGCGACUGGAAUUUUGACAAUUUCUUUUCUUCCUUUGGCUACGAAGGAUGAUACGUUUGUUUCUUUGAAGAAAAAUUCUUACGUGUUCUGGGACUCAGGAUGAAAAAACGACGUGCGGUCACGUUACAGGAAGUGGGUCGACAUUUUGGUAGAAUAGAUCUGGAUCGCGUUGGAUUCUUCGACGAUCCUCCGCCGGGACCUAAUGCGGAAUACAAGAAGGCCGAACUAUUUCGGGAAUACGUAACGAAGGGUCGUCAAUUGUUAGCUGGGUCAAUUGGAGAUGGUCUUUUUGAGAAGAAAUUUAUGCGGAUCCUUGAAGGGGAAGCACUGACGAAACCCUUGGAAGAAUCUUCAAAGAUUAAAGUUAAUUUGCCUAGAGGAGUUUUACUACCACCGUCCGGUGGUAAAAAGCAUUCGACGCCAGGAGAUUGGUACGGUUGCUUUGGUACAAGCCCAACCUACUUCAGUCCCCAGCUUAAAGACACAAACAAAAAGCCAGUUGGUCGGGAACCACCAAAUUUCAAAAUCAAACCAAAUCCUUUAGGAGGCCCUGGUUAUACGAAUAUUUGCCUAAGUCCUUAUCCCAAAUAUAUUAAUGAUCCUUACGACGUGGAGAGGACUGCUAGCACUAAGGCUGAAAAACCAGUAAGAUUCUUAUCGGCCAGUGCACCCCUCGAUUACUUUCCACCAAAUCCAUACACUGACAAAAAUCCUGGACCGACGUAUAUUCGUCCUGCAAGGACGAAAAGCAAGACUAUUGGUAAAGGAUGCUUUUACGUACCGUUUCCGAAAGAUCCUGGUGGACAGCAUGCCGGAUGCUUUAGCAAGUUUCCACCGUAUAUCAGUACACCAUACAAUGUCAAAAUGAAAAAUGAAGAUAAAAAGGUCCAAGUACAGAAAUGGAUGGGCGGCGCUCCUGAAUCAAGAUCAAAGUAUACUAAAAGUGCGAUUGAGCAAGUUACCAAAGUUUCAUGUCACAUAAACAAUUACACUGAUUAUGUACCAAAAGUUUAUCCGCUACCUGAAACAUAAAUUUUU